UCCCACUCUCUUGCACACACACACACACACACACACACGCAACCCAAAUCAUGUCAUAUAUCCGAUUGACCUCUCUGGCUUUGUUUUUUUCCGCAGAAUUUUUGACUUGACCCCUGCGGCUGUGCAGUGCUCUUCACACUGUGUGGUGGUCGUUGAUGGUGUUGAUGGUGGUGGGUGAACAGCUGUAGGAGGGGCUUUGUCAGAUAAGGAUGGCAUUAGGUUGGAAGAUGAGUCUCUACGCACAGCGUUUCCUGCUGGCCCUGCUCCUUCUGGGAGCUAACGUCUUCAUCAGCAGUCACGCUCAGGAGGUGGGAGUGUCUGAGGCGUGGACCAGCAGGUCUUGCAAAUGUGAGUGUGAAGAAGGAGCAACCCCGACUGAGUCUUCCUCCAUUGGGACUGGCUCUUCAAUGGUGCGAGGGACAGACUGCAUGCCAGAGUGUCCGUACCACAAGCCUCUGGGCUUCGAGGCCGGAUCGGUGAGUCCAGACCAGAUCACCUGCUCCAACCAGGACCAGUACACCGGCUGGUUCUCCUCGUGGCUCCCGAGCAAGGCCCGGCUCAACAGCCAAGGCUUUGGGUGUGCCUGGCUGUCUAAGUUCCAGGACAGCAGUCAGUGGCUGCAGAUCGACCUGAGGGAGGUGACGGUGGUGUCAGGGAUCCUCACCCAGGGCCGCUGUGACGCUGAGGAGUGGAUCACCAAGUACAGCGUUCAGUACCGCACAGACGAAAAACUCAACUGGAUCUAUUACAAAGACCAGACUGGAAACAACAGGGUGUUUUAUGGAAACUCUGACCGCUCCUCGUCUGUGCAGAACCUCCUACGGCCCCCCAUUGUUGCACGCUACAUCCGCAUCCUCCCCCUCGGAUGGCACACACGCAUCGCUCUGCGCCUGGAGCUGCUGCUCUGCAUGAGCAAAUGCAUCUGAACCUUCUUCUCCCCCACUGUCCCCAAGGCCUUCUCCUAAAACUUUAUCUACACCUAAAUCCUCCCUAUCGUCAGAGUGUGUGGUCUGUUACUAUAUCCACAGAGGUGGUUCCCUCCAGCUACACGUAUAAAACCACAGGGUGAACUCAAAAACAUUCUGUUACCAGAAUACAAACAAAACAGUUUGACUUAUGUGAUUUGAUUAAAAUGUUUGUUUGAUAUGCUCAACAAGCUUUCAUUCACUCCACUCUCCAUUGUCUGUGUUGAAGCGGUCUCACACUGCGGGCUUUAGUUUGCUGCGUUCUCAAUGGAUUGUUCCAUUUGCAAUGAAAUGGCAUAAAUUCAAUGCAAUAAUUAGACAUGGAGAGGGAGACGUAGCGUUGCUAAGGAGGUUGUAUCCAACGCUGUUCCAAAACAUUUGUGUUCUCCUCUGAAAUGCUGCCUGCUUCUCCUGAUAUUUUACAGUGAGCAGAGACCUCUCAGUCAGUCUCUUUAUUUUAGGAUAAAGCUGGUGAUAAUCUACAUGUCAAAUCCCACGAAAAGACCAAAACCAACAAUUAAAGGUCCAGUGUGUGGGAUUUAAUGGCUUCUGGCGGUGGGUUUGCAGAACUGAAACUUUUCCCGUGUGCCAAGUGUGUAGGAGAACUACGGUGGCUGUCAUGAAAGUGCAAAAAAACCCCAAAAAACACAAAAAAGUGAACUGCCCUCUCUAAAGCCAGUGUUUCAUUUGUCCAUUCUGGGCUACUGUAGAGCGAAAUGGCAGACAGUUGAUUUCAGGUGAUUAUAAACUAAUAAGAACAUAGUUAUGAAUAUUAUAUACCAUUUCUACCAAUAAAUGCCCCUAAAUCCUACACACUGGACCUUUCAAUAUCCCCACCAACAAGUGCAGCCAAUGUCUGAGUUAUAAUAUUACUUUAUUUUAGUAUUUAUUUUUACUUUUCCCCCAAACUAUUGGAAAGCACAUCAGUGAGCCAACUGUUACAGAAAUGCUAUGUUACUUUAAUACAAAGAACAUGGGCACUUUACGUUGUCCUGCUGCUCUAAACACUCAAUGGUUCAAUAUGUAUCAAAUGUGUAUUCAUCCGCAGCCGAAAAUAGUCCCCAACAAAUGCACUGUUUACUCCUGUUUGAGUAACAUUUGCUUAAAACUACAGUGCCCAGCUGUUUGGGGAAAUUACUUUGUCUCUUUUAGAUAACAUUUUAUUUGGACAGUCUGCCUACAGAGAGUUUGUCGAGUAUUUGUAACAUUUCAAUAGCAUGUUAGCUGAGAUUCAACAAUUCAACUGCUUUGCUUUAUUUUGUAGAUGUUUAAAAAAUUAUCUAUCGAGUAUAUGUGAACAAUUUAAGUUUAAAAAUCUGUAGUGAAUUGUCACAUAUACCCUUUAGAUAAAUAUCUACAGACAGAGCAAAACAGUAAAAUUGUGGAAAUAUUACAAAAUACUCAAUAAAUUAUGUGUAGGUGGACUAUCCAAAUAAACUGUUACUGCACUUUUUAAAAUAUAAAAUUGUAUUAUUGUAACCUGUUUUAAAAAUUAAAAUACAAUGUAUAAAAUAAAAUAACACAACCAAAAUUAAAUUAAAUUAAAUUAAAAUAAAUUAAAUUAAACAAAAUAAAACAAAAAGUGAUCAUCUUCAGUAUGCACAAAUAAGCUACCAAAUACUGAGAAAAGGGCCAACAGAUUGCUGAUUUUGGUUUCUAAUGGUAUUUGCUGAUAAUAAGAAAAAUGUGGGAAAAUACCAGACUUUUUCUUUAAAUACACGCUUGUGAUUUAACUUCACUUUUCUCGUUUUUGUCUUACCUCAGGUACAUUUUUACAGAUAUCACUCUUCAGUGCU